CAAGACAAGUUGAAUAUAAUAGGCAACAUGUAUGCAUUAAUUCUUUCAAUUAUUAACCUAAUUUUUCCCUGCAGCUCAUUCUAUAUUCUACCAGUUACUUUCAUAGUCUACAUUAACAAAUUAUUUCUUGUUCUCCUUGUCACACUAUUCACUACCUCCUCUCUACCUCCCUCUCCUACUCUUAUGACUAUAGAAUAUAAACACUGAAACACUAUGGACCCAAGAAAUUACAGCGCUCUGCAUGUUUUUAUCCUGCUUGGCUUCUCUGACCACCCUCAACUGGAAAUGAUCCUCUCUGGAGUUGUCACCUUCUUUUACGUUAUUACCUUAGUGGGUAACACAGCUAUCAUUUUUGCAUCCCUCCUGGAUCCCCAUCUCCAUACACCAAUGUACUUUUUCCUCAGGAAUUUAUCUUUUCUGGAUUUGUGUUUCACAACAAGCAUUGUCCCUCAGAUGCUGGUUAACUUGUGGGGACCCGAUAAGACUAUCAGCUCUGUGGGUUGUAUUGUUCAGCUUUAUGUGUAUAUGUGGCUAGGUUCCAUUGAGUGUCUUCUCCUGGCUGUCAUGUCCUAUGAUCGUUUCACAGCUAUCUGUAAGCCACUGCACUAUUUUAUAAUCAUGAAUCCACGUCUGUGUAUCAAGAUGAUUGUCAUGGUCUGGAGUAUUAGUUUGGCCAACUCAGUAGUAUUAUGCACACUCACUGUGAAUUUGCCUCGAUGUGGACACAACCUUCUGGAUCAUUUCUUGUGUGAGUUGCCAGCCAUGGUCAAGAUAGCUUGUGUAGACACCACAGCAGUUGAAAUGUCUGUUUUUGCUCUGGGCAUUGUUAUUGUCCUUACGCCUCUUAUCCUUAUUCUGAUUUCCUAUGGCUACAUAGCCAAAACUGUGCUCAACAUGAAGUCAAGGGCAGGCCAAAAAAAAGCAAUGAAUACCUGUGGGUCUCAUCUCACUGUAGUCUCCAUAUUCUAUGGAACUAUUAUCUACAUGUACUUACAACCAGGUAACAGGGCCUCCAAGGACCAGGGCAAGUUCCUCACCCUCUUUUACACCAUCAUCACUCCAAGUCUCAACCCCCUCAUUUACACCCUAAGGAACAGAGACAUGAAAGAUGCACUGAGAAAACUUGUGAGGUUUUACCACAAAUUGCAGAAAUAAGGAGGAACUAGAAGUCAUAGAAAAGUAAAGCAAUGAAGUAUUCAAAUAAGGAAUGAUCUUUAGAUCAUGGAGAUCAAUUGUUGAAUUCUUACAAACAGAACUUGUAUGGAUGCAAACAACUUGAGGACCAUCAUGCAGAUCUUCAGGUUUCUAAUGAUUGGCUUGUUCUCAGGGAAUACAUGUCACUAAAGAUCUCUGUUUGCUAGAUGUAACACAAAGGGACUCUAAAUGUAAACUUGAAUGCAUUUUAACUUAUUUGGCAGCCCCAUGGAAACUGCUUUGUCUCAUUCUAUAUUUUCUAUGUUAAUGCCCACAUAUUCUAAAACAUCGACCCAAAUUAUUUCAUGCCCAUUGCAUUUUGUAUAUUAAAUAACCAUACACAAAUAAUUUGAAGUGUUUAUUUAUCUGUCUGUCUGUCUAUUUUUGAGUCAGGUUUUCAUGAAACCAAGACUCUCUCAAACUUCUUAUGUAUCUGAGGAUGACCAUGAGCUUCUUGAUCCUCCUGCCUCAACCUCCAAAAUACUGGGAUUAUAGGUAUGUGUCACCAAAACAAGUCCAUGUUACAGCCAUGUGCUAAUACACCCAGUAUGUAUGGUGCUCUGGAUUGAAUCCAAGGCUUCAUACAUGCUAGGUAAGCCCUCUACCAACAACACUAUAUCCCCAGCCUUAUAAAUAAGUUUGUAUAUUGAAUCCUUUUUAAUCAUCCAAACAUUUAUUCAUAUUUAGCUCAGAUAAUGCAAUAUUAUGGCAGCAAUCAUCAUAAAGGCUACCUAAAGAGUGACUUGUUUACCUUUUGUUCAGUGAUACUUGGUACUAACAUCUUUUGCAAUUGCCUAUUUUUUUUCUGAAAUACACAAAUGAAAGCACACAGAUUAAAGUGUUUUAAA